UAAAACAAAUCUCGAUUAGAGAUUAUUGUUAUCUUCGCUCUCUUAUAGUUGACAAUUCCGCGCCAAAAACCGUACUCUUUAUUUUGGCGUUCUCUUUCAGCCGCUUUUAAAGGUAAAACACCAAUAUUAUAAAUUAGUCGUAGAUCAGCUGUUGUAGCCGAAAGAGGUGCGAUCACUGAAUCGCAGAGUUAUAGAGAAAUCUUUGGUAUUGCUUAGAUACUUAAGAUAACAAGAGGGCCCUCAUUUUUGGAUUUGGGAAACAUUUACAGACGGGCAAGGUUCAGCAAAUCGAUUAAGCCGAUCGAUAUGGGAACUAUUUCUCUAAGCGAUUUCAAGGAGGUUAGAAUACCGGCACCUUGGGGUCAAAUCUCUGGACGUUGGUAUGGCAAUCGAACGGAACGACCGAUCCUGGCGAUUCACGGAUGGCUCGACAAUCUGGGAACCUUCGAUCGGUUGAUACCCCUGCUACCCGACUACAUCGGAGUGCUCUGCAUCGAUCUUCCCGGACAUGGAAGAUCCGCUCACCUUCAACAGGGAAUGCGGUACGCCGUCUACGAUUACAUGUAUGUCAUCCCUCGAGUGAUGAAGGAGUACGGCUGGUCGACGGUCUCGUUAAUGGGUCACUCAUUGGGUGGCAUCUUAAGCUUUAUUUACACGGCAUUGGCACCACAUAUAGUGGACAUGGUCAUCUCCCUGGAUAUAUUAAUGCCCUGGGAACCGGACUCCAAAACGGUUCUGCAAAAUUUGGCCAACAGCAUGGAAAAGCACCUGGUGGAAGAGGACCGUCAGGAGAAGGGUAACAUGCACGAGCCUCCCUCCUACACCCUCGCAGAGCUGACCAAGGUUUUGGCCAAAGGAAGUUAUAACUCGGUGGCCCCAGAGUUUGCCAAACACCUGCUUCACCGGCAGGUGUUGAGAUCGCAACUCUAUCCUGAUAGAUUCUACUUCUCCAGAGAUGGCCGAGUUAAAUACUAUAACCAAAUGCUAAUGCAAUCUGAAGUUCCUGAGGGGCUGGUGAAGCUUAUCCGGAGAAAACCCUACCUGAUCAUAAAAGGGUCAAAUUCUCCAUUUCUGGGAGCUGAUACCGAAAAGGCAAUUGCCAUCUUACGCCGAAACAAUCCGCACUUUGAGUUCUACGAGUUGGAGGGUACCCAUCACGUUCACCUUCAUGCCGCCGAGGAGUGUGCCCGAUACAUAGUGCCCUUCAUCCGACACCACCGACCCCCGGCUCUCACUUCUUGGUCCUUGAGUGGCAAGGAGCAGCAACUAAGUGCCGAGGAAAACCGACGACAGCUAGAAAAAUUCUAUAAAAGGGGAAACACCGAGGGAAGCAAGCUGUGAUGUAGUUUAUAUGAAUCCCUAUGGUAUAAAAUGUUAUACAUGACAUACAUACGUGUAUAUCUCAACAAUUAGUUGAAUGCUAAGUUAUUACAGCUCAGGUAAAAAGCUAUUAGCCCUUAUUAUUAUCAAUAAAACAAGAGU